AUGUCUGAACUUCGCUUUGAUAACCAGACCGUCGUCAUCACUGGUGCUGGCGGUGGUCUGGGUAAAGCAUACGCUCUGUUCUUCGGCCAACGGGGUGCCAACGUCGUCGUCAAUGACUUGGGUGGUUCUCACACCGGUGUCGGGGCUUCGUCUAAGGCUGCCGAUGUCGUUGUGGAUGAGAUCAAAGCCGCUGGCGGAAAAGCCGUGGCCAACUACGACAGCGUUGAGUUUGGCGAGAGAAUCAUUGAGACUGCCAUCAAUGCCUUUGGCCGCAUCGAUAUCCUGAUUAACAACGCCGGUAUCCUACGGGACAUCAGCUUUAAGAAUAUGAAAGAUCUCGACUGGGACUUGAUCAACAAGGUACACGUCUUUGGUUCUUACAAGUGCACAAGAGCUGCUUGGCCAUAUUUCCGGAAGCAGAAGUUCGGACGAGUUAUUAACACUUCUUCGUCUGCUGGUCUCUUUGGAAACUUUGGACAAACUAAUUAUUCCGCUGCAAAACUUUCUAUGGUUGGCUUUACUGAAACUCUGGCCAAGGAGGGGGCGAAAUAUAACAUCCUGGCCAACGUCAUCGCGCCUAUUGCUGCCAGCCGUAUGACAGAGACAGUCAUGCCCCCAGAUGUAUUGGAGCACCUGAAGCCCGACUGGAUUGUGCCUUUAGUAGCUGUUCUUGCCCACUCCUCCAAUACCUCCGAAUCUGGCGGUAUCUUUGAAGUUGGUGCUGGUCACAUGGCCAAGCUGCGGUGGGAGCGUGCCAAGGGUGCUCUAUUGAAAACUGAUGCUUCCCUCACACCACAAGCCAUCCUAGCUAAAUGGAACGACGUCAAGGAUUUCUCAGAGCCAAGCUAUCCUACUGGCCCCGCGAACUUCCUCGAGCUGUUGGAACAAGCGCAGAAUGUUCCAAGCGCUCCCGCUGCCCAGAGCUUGGAUUUCACCGGUAAGGUUGCGCUUAUCACUGGCGCUGGAGCUGGCUUGGGCAGAGCUUAUGCUUUGCUCUUCUCUAAGCUUGGGGCUGCCGUCGUUGUCAACGACCUUGUUGACCCAGAAUCUGUUGUUCAGGAGAUCAGAAAAGCCGGCGGCAGGGCCGUUGGCUCCAAGGCAUCUGUUGAAGAUGGUGAGGCAGUUGUUAAACCUGCGAUUGAUGCGUUUGGACGCAUUGAUAUCCUGAUUAACAAUGCUGGUAUCCUCCGUGACAAGGCUUUCACCAACAUGGAUGACAACCUAUGGAACACAGUCAUGAACGUCCACCUCAGGGGUACAUACAGUGUUACCAAAGCUGCUUGGCCCUAUUUCUUGAAACAAAAGUACGGCCGUAUUGUCAACACCACCAGCACUAGCGGUAUCUACGGAAACUUUGGACAGGCCAACUAUGCUGCUGCUAAACUCGGCAUACUAGGAUUCUCUCGUGCCUUGGCCCUUGAGGGAGCCAAGUACAACAUCUUUGUCAACACCAUUGCUCCCAAUGCCGGUACCCAGUUGACCCGGACCGUCAUGCCGGAGGAACUUGUUCAGGCCUUUAAGCCCGAAUAUGUCGCUCCGCUAGUUGUCCUUCUAUGCUCUGACAAGGUACCAGAGCCCACCAAGGGCUUGUACGAAUGUGGGAGCGGAUGGUUCACCAAGACCAGAUGGCAGCGCAGCGGUGGACAUGGAUUUCCCGUUGAUACUAAACUUACACCCGAAGCCGUCAAGUCCGAAUGGAAGAAGAUUGUCACAUUCGACGCACGUUCCGAUCAUCCCGAAGACGGCCAAGCCGGCAUGAAGAGCAUCAUGGCCAACAUGAGCAAUGUCAGCGGUGGUAAGGAGGGAGGAUCCACGGGCGACAAGAAAAUCUUGGCUGCCAUUGAAACUGCCAAGAACAUGAAGGCUGAAGGUACCCCCUUGGACUAUGUCUCCCGGGAUGUCAUCCUUUAUAAUGUCUCCCUUGGUGCCAAACGCACAGACCUUCCCUUCGUCUACGAGAACGACUCGAACUUCCAAGCUCUCCCUACCUUCGGUGUCAUCCCUUGGUUCAACACCAUCACCCCCUGGAACCUCGACGACCUUGUCGCCAACUUCUCUCCCAUGAUGCUCCUACACGGAGAGCAGUAUCUAGAGAUCCGCAAAUACCCCAUCCCCACAGCUGCCAAGACCGUCUCCAUUCCCAAGCUCAUUGACGUGAUCGACAAGGGCAACGCAGCCAUCGUCGUCGUAGGUUAUACCACCAAGGACGCAAAGACGGGCGACGAUCUCUUCUACAAUGAAUCGACGAUUUUCAUCCGCGGAAGCGGUGGCUUUGGCGGCUCCCCCAAGCCCACCGCCCGCCGUCCUAAGGCUGCCACUGCUGCCUACAAGCCACUUCAGCGCAAGCCGGACACCGUCGUCGAGGAGAAGACCUCAGAGGACCAGGCUGUCCUCUACCGUCUGAAUGGGGACUACAAUCCACUCCAUAUCGACCCCGAAUUUAGCAAAAUUGGUGGUUUCAAGACUCCCAUUCUCCACGGCCUCUGCUCCCUGGGCAUCUCUGGUAAGCAUGUCUUCAAGACCUAUGGUCCCUUCAAGAGCCUUAAGGUUCGGUUUGCCGGUGUCGUGCUCCCUGGCCAGACGCUGAAGACCGAGAUGUGGAAGGAGAAUGGCGCCGUUGUGUUCCAGACCACUGUUGUGGAGACUGGAAAGCUGGCUAUUGCGGGCGCUGGAGCCGAGCUUGUCUCGACUGGCUCGAAGUUGUAA